GUGCACAAAAGAGCAUAAACUCCUCAAACUGAGUUCCUACACUGCAAGUCCGCGCUCUCUGUGUAGCUUCUAGGGACGCUAGUUUUAAAUUCUGUGUGAGCAGACUGUCUGAGACACGGAGAUUGCUGUUAACAGAACGAGUCAACUGCCCGUGCCUGCCUACUGUUGCCUCGGUUUUAAAACAAACGACCCUGCUGGAGGCAAGCUGCUUUUCAUGACAAAGAUGAAUAAAUUUCAGAUCAGUUUAUGCCUUUGCAUCUUGCUGUUCCAGUUUCAAGAAGUUAAGGAAGAUAACUGGAGAUGUGAUAACGAUACCAGAAGACUGAGAAGAAACUGACCCUCAUUAGAAAGAUGAUGGAGACCACAUUUCCCCUACGCCGACAGACCAUAGUGAUGUCCUGCCCACCAGUGAACGACCUCAUGGACCUCUGGCCUGCUCUUAAAAUAGAGUCUGAGUUGUAUGCAGAGUUCCAGCGGAUUACAAAUCAGAACCUGCCCAACACGUGCUAUGCUGAGCUUGACCGCUAUCUUCCUCGACUGAUGACCUUAUUCAGACGGAAGGCAUCAAAAACUGGGAAGACAGCAGAUGCUCUGGCUGAAAUUUUAAAAAUCCAUGAUGAACAGGAAAUCCAUGACAUACACACCAAGCGCACUACUGUUCUCCACGUCCUUCCUGUGUAUCUGCGUGAGGACGUCUCUGGAUGUUUAAGAACCUGCACAGAUGAGUCUGAUGAGCCAGAGCUUGAUGGUGUUGCAGUGGGCCUCAUUACUUUCAUCGGUGACCAUGACGCAAGUCCAGUUCACUACCACCCUGUGAGAAUCACUGUCGUCAUUGAAAGUGAUGCCGUGGUCAGCCUUCCCAGACUUGGCGAUGCCUUCCUGGUAAUCUGUGGAGUGAUCUAUGCACUACACCUCAGCUAUCCCAAAGCACUGACCAACACUUUUGAAUUCACUCUAAAGAUUUAACUUGGUCUAGAAAGUGGUAAACUAUCCCCGAGGUUGCAGACCCUCAAGAAUGAAUUAAUGAUGUAGAAACUCAUCUGAAAAAAAGGCUGCAGGGUAAAGCAUUAUAAAAGGCUAGUUCAAAGUUAUCUCCUUUUGUCUAAAUAAUGCCUCAAAAAGUUAC